AUGGGCUCGCUUGGGGUACAUAGCAGUGCUGCUACGGCGCGGCUUGCGAAGAGGAUACCGAGGGGGACGUGGGAUACGCACAUGCAUGUCGUAGAUCCGAACAAGUACCCCCUGGACAAGGCUGCGACGUACCAACCUUCUGCACAUACACUCGAGCAAGCGAAUGCGUUCCUUGGAGAACUGGGCAUUGAGAAGAUGGUGAUUGUGCAGCCGAGCGUUUAUGCGAACGAUAAUAGCUGUACGUUGGAUGGGUUGAGAAGGUUGGGGCUCAAGAAGGGACGAGCGGUGGUUCAGUUCGAUCCAGCGACGACAUCGAAAGCACAACUCCAGGAAUGGCACAAUCUAGGCGCGAGGGGAGUCAGGUUGAAUCUCAAGAGCGUGGGAGCUUUGCCGUCGGAGGAGGAGCUGAUGGCGACGAUGCGUAGCUAUGCGGAUGCAGUGCGGCCGUUCGGGUGGUCGUUGGAACUGUACAUCUCUCUCGAGGAGGUUGGGAAGUUGGAGAGGAUCGUCCCUGCUCUGGAUGGCGCCAAGAUCAUAAUCGACCAUUUCGGCCACCCAACGAACCCAUCUCUUCAAUCGGCGAAGACUGCGCGGGAGAUUCCAGGUUUUGCGUCGUUGGAGAAGCUGUUGAAAGAAGGGAGCACGUGGGUGAAGAUCUCGGCGUCGUAUCGAUUGUCGAGUGAUCCUGGGUCUUCGCUCACGGAGAGCCUUUGCAGAGAGAUUGUGCGGACGAGACCAGAUCGGGUGGUGUUUGCUACGGACUGGCCGCAUACUCGGUUUGACGGGUUGGAGGUGGCCGAGUAUCUGGAGAAGAUUUUCGACUGGGUUGAGGCGGAGGGGGUCAGUUUGGAGCAGGUUCUGGUCAAGAAUGCUGAGGAGCUGUUCGAUGUGAAGUCAUAG